CUUUCCCCUCCUCUCUGGCUCUCGCCUGUCCUCUCCCCCCUCCUCUCUUUUCUCUUCUCGCUGCUGUGAUCCUUCCCCGGAGGCUGGUCCUGGCCGGAUGGGGCGUCGUGUCGGCUCCGCGCGAUCUCCCUCGGCGGCGAUCUUGCUGAAUGUAUUUUGCCAUUUCUGAGCCAUCCUAGUAAACCUUGGCAUGGCCACUGGAGAGGCAAGCACGGGGAACAUCCAGAGGGGGAGUACCCUUCCAAAUGGUGACAUCUAUGUUGGCAACUUCGCUGGUUUAGUUCCUCAUGGAUUUGGAAAGUAUAUGUGGACAGAUGGAACUCUUUAUUAUGGCGAAUGGGAUACAAGCAAGAUGACUGGUAGAGGAGAAAUUCAAUGGCCUUCUGGCGCUUCAUAUGAUGGAGAUCUCUGUGGAGGUUUCAUUGAUGGAACAGGCACUUUCAAAGGAGUUGAUGGCUCUCUUUAUAAAGGUUCUUGGAGGAUGAACAAAAAGCAUGGAAUGGGCACAAUGGUUUACGCCAACUCUGAUACCUAUGAAGGUUUCUGGAAUGAGGGUUUGCCAGACGGAUUUGGUAAAUAUACAUGGGCUGAUGGUAACACCUACAUUGGAAGGUGGAAAUCCGGUAAAAUGAAUGGCAGAGGAGUGAUGAAGUGGACAAAUGGUGAUACUCUUGACUGUAAUUGGCUUAACGGACUGGCUCAUGGGAAAGGUUUUUGCAAGUAUUCAUCAGGAGCAUGUUACAUUGGUACAUGGGACAGGGGACUCAAGGAUGGCCAUGGUAUGUUUUAUCAACCAGGAAGUAAAAUGCCUUGUAACCUUGAAGUGUCUGAGUGUGUAACAGAUCAUGAUGUUUCAAGUGCCUCAAGUUCUGGUAAUGAAAAUGUCAAUAGUGGACUAUUGUUUCUAUUGCAAAAACUUUGCAACACAUGGAGAAUACGCAGCCUUUUCCAUCGACCCAGGCGUAUUUCAAAUGGCACUGCACCAGUUUUCGAUGAUAAUUCUGGAAAUCGCCUGUCUGAAGAUUCAUCCACUGUACCCUUGACAACUGGUGAGUGUCUCCAAGAUAAUGUAGCUGAUAAAGUAUUAGUCUAUGAACGGGAAUAUGUACAAGGAGUACUUAUCUCGGAAAAGCCAAAAGGUCAUGAUUCCGGAAUGCCAGAUAGCAGUAAAUCACAUGACCAGACCUUGCAAAAACAAGCUGGUGGGCCCAUGGAAACUAUUUACAGAGGCCACAGGAGCUAUUACCUAAUGCUUAAUCUACAACUCGGCAUCAGGUAUACUGUAGGAAAAAUCACCCCUGUCCCAUUGCGUGAAGUCCGUUCAAAUGAUUUUGGACCUCGAGCACGGAUAAGAAUGUACUUCCCUUCUGAGGGCUCGCAGUAUACCCCUCCACAUUGCUCUGUCAAUUUCUUUUGGAAGGAUUAUUGCCCUAUGGUUUUCCGGAAUCUACGAGAAAUGUUUCAUAUUGAUGCUGCAGAUUACAUGAUGUCCUUAUGCGGUGAUGACAGUCUAAAAGAGCUUUCUUCACCCGGGAAAAGUGGCAGUAUUUUCUAUCUUUCACAGGAUGAACGCUUUGUCAUUAAAACAUUGAGAAAAGCUGAGCUGAAGAUACUGUUGAAGAUGCUUCCAAAAUAUUACAAUCAUGUCAGAGCUUAUGAUAAUACGCUCAUUACAAAAUUCUUUGGCGUGCACAGGAUUACUCUGAAAGGAGGAAGAAAGGUCCGCUUUGUUGUGAUGGGAAAUAUGUUUUGCACUGAGCUUCGAAUUCACCGUAAGUAUGACUUGAAGGGUUCUACGCAAGGCCGAUCGACAAAAAAACAAAAUAUAAAUGAGAACACAACACUAAAGGACCUUGACCUGUCAUAUGUUUUCCAUGUGGAUAAACCAUGGCGGGAUGCGCUUAUUAGGCAAAUAUCACUUGAUUGUAUGUUCCUGGAAUCCCAGUCUAUUAUUGAUUACAGCAUGCUCUUGGGAAUCCAUUUUAGAGCUCCCUCUCACCUGAAGACAUCCUCAUCACACCAGAACAGCCUUGAAAGUGGAAUUUCAGAUACUGAUCUGUUGCAAUAUGAGGAGAAAAGUUCGUGGAAAGGAUUUCUGCUCGUUGCUCAUGAGCCAGGUACUACAGUAGGUGGUUCACACAUAAGAGGAAGCAUGGUUCGGGCAUCGGAAGCAGGCUAUGAAGAAGUCGAUCUUGUUUUGCCUGGGACUGGAAGGUUCCGUGUGCAGUUAGGGGUGAAUAUGCCAGCUCGAGCUCUGAAAGUGCGGGAGGACAUGAACACGGAACUAGAAAAUCCGGACAACAUUGAGGAAUAUGAUGUUGUUCUUUACCUUGGUAUUAUAGACAUACUACAGGAAUACAACGUGUCGAAAAGGGUCGAGCAUGCAGUCAAAUCUCUCAAGUUCGAUCCCCUUUCAAUAUCAGCUGUUGACCCGAGUUCAUAUGCAAAACGAUUUGUAAAAUUUCUGGAGAGUGUUUUCCCUGAACAAUACUGAGUAGAUAAAUGAAUAGUAAAUAGCAGUACUGCUACGCCAAUUUUUCUGUAAAAAGUUAAUAUGUUCUCAAUUAUUCAACACGGUUCCUGUGCAGCUCCAA